CAUUACGAGGUGACGUGUACCAAGGUAAGCAGGAUAAAUUGCUGAACAAAGUGCAUCUGCAAUUGAAUGCUGCUGAUUUUCACCUAAGACCAGGCUGGAGAGAGCACACUUGCAGAAGCCUUGAUCUCUUGGGGUUCUGAUGGCUGGAAAAAUCACAGAUCCUAAAAUUUUCACCAUGAAGAGCUCCAGAAAUGUCUUCUAUCUCCUCUUCUUUCAUGCUGCUCUCGGCCUGGAACGUAUCCGGUGGUGCACUGUCUCUGAGCAAGAACUUUCCAAGUGUAAUGACAUGAGUAAGGCCUUUGGUGAGGCUGGAAUCCUCCCCACUCUGCAGUGCACAGCAGGGGGGUCAGCUGCCAACUGCACCCAGAUGAUCAAGGAUGAUUUGGCAGAUGCAGUGACACUGGAUGGCCGCUCGAUUUACCAGGCUGGAAGGGAGAAUGGUCUGAAACCAGUGGUUGGGGAAGUAUAUGACCAAGACAUUGGAACUUCCUAUUAUGCUGUGGCUGUGGUAAAGAAGAGCUCCAACAUAACCAUCAACAGCCUGAAGGGUGUGCGUUCCUGUCACACAGGGAUCAACAGAACUGCAGGCUGGGAUGUGCCAGUGGGUUAUCUGACUGACAGUGGGCGCCUGGCAGCAAUGGGAUGUGACCUUCCAAAAGCUGUAAGUGAAUAUUUCAAUGCAAGCUGUGUUCCUGGAGCAAAUGGUGUGAACUAUCCCAAAUCCCUUUGUGAGCUCUGCAUAGGGAAUUCAGCUGGAGAGCACAAAUGUGAACGAAAUUCCCAAGAGCAAUACUAUGACUACAGUGGGGCUUUCAGGUGUUUGGCUGAAGGUUCUGGAGAGGUUGCUUUUGUGAAGCACAGCACAGUGCCUGAAAAUACAGAUGGAAGAAGUUCUUUCUUGUGGGCCCAGCGGCUUCGCUCCCGGAACUUCCAGCUCCUGUGUCGCGACGGCAGCAGAGCUGAAGUGUCAGAGUGGAGAACCUGCCACCUGGCCCGAGUCCCAGCUCGCGCCGUGGUUGUGCGGCCUGACACAGAUGGAACAGUUGUCUUCCACCUCCUAAACCAGGGACAACAAAGAUUUAAUGGGGUGGGUGCCAAGUUUCAGAUGUUUGACUCUGCAGCCUACGGUGCCCAAAAUCUUCUGUUCCGAGACUCCACGACAGAGCUUGUUGCAAUCACAGCUCAGAAUUAUCAAGCAUGGCUGGGUGAUGAGUAUCUUCAUUCCAUGCAAGCUCUGAGCUGCGACCCCAACACCUUGCCAGAAAGCCUGAAUUGGUGUGUUGUAUCCACUGAGGAGAUUUGGAAAUGUGGUGAAAUGGCUGUUGCCUUUAGGAAAAAGAAUUUGAAACCAGAAAUUCAGUGUAUUUCAGCCAAGACAAAGGAAGAGUGCAUGGAGAUGAUCCAGAAAAAGGAAAGUGAUGCUGUAGUUCUGGGUGGAGCUGAUAUUUACACAGCUGGGAAGACAUAUGGCCUUGUACCAGCUGCUGGAGAAAGUUACUCUGCUAAUGACAGCAGCAAUGCAUACUAUGCUGUGGUGUUAGUGAAACGAAAUCUGUCCAAUGCAUUCACCAUCAGUGACCUGAAAGGGAAGAAGUCCUGCCACACAGGACUGGGGAGAAAUGCUGGAUGGAAUAUUCCCAUUGGCAUACUAAUUAAGAGGGGGAUUAUUAAGCCCAGAGACUGUAAUAUUCCUCAAGCUGUGAGUGAGUUUUUUUCUGCCAGCUGUGUGCCUUCAGCUGAGCAGGACAAUUACCCAUCAAAACUCUGUCAACUCUGUAUUGGGGACGAGAGUGGAAACAAUAAAUGCAGUGCAAGUAGCCGAGAGCGUUAUUACAGCUACAGUGGAGCCUUCAGGUGCCUGGCAGAGGACUCUGGGGAUGUGGCCUUUGUGAAGCACUCAACAGUGUUUGAGAACACAGACGGUAAUAACACUGAUAGUUGGGCCCAAAACUUGAAGUCCAGUGAUUUCCAGUUACUGUGUCCAAAUGGUGCCCGUGCUGAAGUCACCCAGUUUGCUGACUGUCACCUGGCUCAGGUGCCAGCUCAAGCCAUUAUGGUUCACCCAGAUAUCAACGUUUUUGCUCUGUAUGGACUACUGGACAAAGCCCAGGUCUACUUUGGAAAUAGCAGCAAUGGAAAUGGAUUCAAAAUGUUUGAUUCUUCAACUUUUCAAGGAAAAAACUUGAUCUUUAAGGAUUCAGCUGUUGAGAUUGUGCCAUUACAAGAGAAGAGAACAUACACAGAAUGGCUGGGGAGUGAAUAUGUUGAGUCCCUCGAAGGGAUGCAAAUACCACAGUGCUCUGGGGCAGGCAAUAAGAUAACACAGUACUCCUUUGUGGCUGCAGUCAUUCCCCUUCUUGUGUUGUGUCAGAUACAAGGCUUGGACUAGGACGGUUCAAAUGGCAACUUCCAGGCCACCUCUGCCCGACCACCUUCUCUUCAGAAAAGCUGUUUGGAUAAUGUGCUGUGCUAACAUUUGAAUGCCUCUUCCUGCCUCUUGCAGGGCAAGUGCCAACAGCACCUGCUCAUCAGGAGAGUGGGAUGGGGCUGGAAGCUGCCCUGUCUGUGUGGAUAGGGUGGAAUUUGUGGCAGAAGCCAGCAAUACAGUAUCAACAUGGUUUACAAGAUCAGUCCAAACCUGGAGCAUCUCUGCCAUCGUUGCUAAUGUUGAACCAUUCAGGAUUUCCAAGUACUGUUAGAUGGAUACUGGGUUUCUGACCUGUAGAAGAAUUUCUGCAUGUUGGAAGGCAGUAUCAAAAACCUUGUCUAGUGAAUCCUCUCUGGUUUCUUGGCUGGUUAAGUUCAGACUCCACAUCCCUGCUUAACCCAUCCUACCCAGUUCCUCCCGAGUUCUGCUGCCAUAGAGGUAAGUGCACAGAGGAUGGACAGGCUGUGGACAGAGACCAGUCUAGAAUACAGCUGAACAACUGUGGACAAAGUCUUCCACCCUCCAGUAGAAGGAAGUAGGGGAAAUUUCCAAAGACACUGGACAAAAAAGAAGCCCAGAGAGACUUGGAGGGGACUACCUGUUGACAGAGAAAAGGACAAAUCCAUAUGUGAGCAUCCACUGAGCUUGUUGACUUUACCACACCCAGUACUCACAAGAUAUCCUGUGAUCUUUAAUCUGAUGCAGUCUAGUCUCCAUCAAGAACCUUGUGGCUCUCCUCCUUCCACACAGGGCUCUCCUGAGUGCCCUUGCAUGAAACUUGUAUUUGCUGUAGGUGAAACAAAAGUACUUCACUUCUGAGUAACCAUUUCUGUUUCUACUGGCUGUAGAAUGUGGAUUUUAUUUUUAUCCAUAGCUGCACUAACCAUGAAUGUUACUGUGCUGCUGGCAGGCACUGUCUUCCUACCUGCCUCAUGAUCCUGGGAUGAACAGACAUUCAGUUUAAAAACAGAUAAUUAUCAUGUAAAUAAGUGAAAAUAACAAAUAAAUAUGAGAAGUAAUUACACUUUAACCAAAA